AUGGAGCUUGGUUGGGAAUUGAUGUUACAUCCACCAUAUAGCCCUGACAUUGCGCCGUCAGAUUACUAUUUAUUUCGAUCCUUGCAGAACUACUUGGAUGAUGUCUACUGUCAGCAACUGGACAAACUGAAUGCAGCGAUUAAAGAAAAAAGGCCAGAAUUAGUCAAUCGUAAGGGCGUCAUUUUCCACCAUAACAACGUUAGGCCACACACAUCUUUGGUCACUCGCCAAAAAUUAAUGGAGCUUGGUUGGGAAUUGAUGUUACAUCCACCAUAUAGCCCUGACAUUGCGCCGUCAGAUUACUAUUUAUUUCGAUCCUUGCAGAACUACUUGGAUGGUAAAACAUUUAAGGAUGAUGAAGCUGUGAAAUCGCACUUGGAUCAAUUUUUGCCGAUAAAAACCAGAAGUUCUACUAGCGUGGAAUUAUGA